AUGCAAGUUGCAACUUCACUCCACCCACUUCUUCCUCUCCCUCCCUCCAACCUUUGUCCAAUUCAUAGCAUCGUUGCCUGGUUUUUCAAUCAAAGAAAGACAGAUACAACUAUGAAGAUCUCAUUCCUAUUCCUAUGCUUUCUUCUUCCUGUUGUGACAGCCCAACUUCGAGUCGGCUUCUAUAACUCCACCAGCCCGCGUGCUGAACAGAUUGUUCGAGAUGCGGUGCAGAAGCACUUCCAUGGCGACCCAUCCAUCACAGCCGCAUUGCUUCGCAUGCAUUUCCAUGAUUGCUUUGUCAGGAAGCUACCUGUCCUGGAACUGUCUUGUGCCGGCGUUAUCACGUUGGCAACAAGGGAUGCGGUGGCUCUUGCCAGAGGACCCAAGUAUAGUGUUCCAACCGGCAGACGUGACGGUACUGUCUCAGACCCCAGCCUUGUGAACCUUCCCAGACAUACACUAUCCGUGUCACAAGCAUUGGGAUUUUUCAAAGCCAAACGACUAGCUUUAAACAACAUG